CUUCUGUGGCUGAAGAAAUUUUGGAAAUUGUUGAAAUGUUUAUUGUUGUUAAAAUACCUACAUACCUACAAUAUUAAAAAUCUAGUAAUAAGCUAAAAAUGGAUACAACUAAAAUCUGUCGUUGCUGUCUCGUUGAAGGAGCUACAAGAGAUUUAAGCACUAGUUACAGUUUGUGUGAAAAAAAGGAAAUUUAUUCAGAAAUGUUGCAAGAAUGCUUCAACAUUGUUUUAAUGCCAAGCGCCAACAACAACGGUAUAUGUGAAAUGUGCGUGAAGCACCUCCGAGACUCGUUCUACUUCAAGCAGCAGGUGAUCAGAGCCGAGGACGCCUUCUUGAACAGACUCACUUAUGUAGAAGAAGAAGAUACAAAACCGUUAGUGAAGACAGAACCUGAGCAGAGUGAUUGUGAUUCUGAUAACUUUGUUGAUGCAAUUAAAGAAGAAUCACCUUUAAUAGAUGAUAGAGACACUAACGAUAAUACAGAUACGAAAUCCGAGCGGCCGCGGAGGAAAACCAGAACUAGGAGUGAAAAGACUGAGGAGAACCACAGGAAAAUAGCUAACUUUGUCACCAAAUUAGCUAUAAAUUCAGGCAAGCUACCCAUGAAGUCGUCAAAACAGAAAAGUAGUACCAAGAAAAAGAAAGCGAAACAGAAUUCAAUAGAUCUAACGUGGACAAAGAAAUCUGUCGCAGACAAACGGAAACACAGAGACAACUUACUAACUAUACUGAAAUAUUCCAAUGUUAUACCGUUCAAACACAAGAACUUGCUCGGUUUUGUCUGUGGUUACUGCGAUGCUACGUACCCAGACCCUCUAGACUUGAGGUCUCACACCGAGAAAGAUCACGAAAAAGAAAGAUUCGAAUUCAAAUCAUCGUUCGAUAUGGCAGAGUACAGCGUUAAGUUAGACAUAACGGACCUAAUAUGCAAGAUAUGUACCACAAAAAUGGAUAAUUUGACGAAACUAAAGGACCACCUAGUUAAAAACCAUAAUAAAAUCGUCUACAACGAUAUAAAGGACCAUAUAAUGCAGUUUAAAUUGAAAAAGGGUGAUGUGUUUGAUUGUGUCAUGUGUCCAUCGACGUAUGAAACGUUUAAAAUGUUGAAACAGCAUAUGAAUAAACAUUACGGGAACUACAGCUGUACUAAAUGUGAGAACUCUUUCGCUACCAAGCGUUCGUUAAACGCACACCAGGGUACCCAUCAAGACGGAAGUUUUAAGUGUGAUUUGUGUGAAAAAGUGUUUUCGAGUCGAACUAAAAAGCAAUAUCACGAGAAGACCAAACAUAUGGGCACGAGGAAUAUUAGCAAUUGUCUAUUAUGUAACGUACCGUUCCGUUCGUACUACCAACGGAACCAACACAUGGUUAAGGUCCACAAUUCGGAGGCCCAAUACAAAUGUAACGUGUGUAACAAGGGUUAUGUGUUGAAGUCUCUACUCAUGUGUCAUAUAAAGAAGAACCAUUUGAUGGAACGGAACUGUCAGUGUACGGAGUGUGGUUAUAGGUUUUUUAGUAAUAAAGCAUUGAAAGCGCAUAUGGUGAAGCAUACCGGGGAGAGAAAGUAUGCAUGCGAGGUAUGUCAUAAGUCAUAUGCGAGGAAGUACACUUUGAGGGAGCAUAUGCGUAUCCAUAAUAACGAUAGGCGGUUCAAGUGUGAAGUGUGUGCGACAUCCUUUGUCCAAAAGUGUAGCUUGAAGAGUCAUUUGCUGUCACAUCACGGAAUCAGUUUGGCUGCAAGUGAUAUCACUUCCAGAUCUUGAAUCUUGGCGUUGUUAUUUUAAAAAUCCUAUAGGAACUGUUUGAUUUUCUGAGCUGAAAAGUAGUCUAUGCCACUCUCUAGGUGUCUCCGUUGCUCCGUUGCAACGUGAUUGAAGGACAAACCAAUUUGAUUACGCAGUUAUAAUAUGGGUAGUGAUUACACAAGUCAUUUUUUUUUCUUGAUAAUGAAUGCCAAUGAGUUACUCCAUUGAAUUACGAUCUACCCUUAUCACUGGCUAAUUAGCAUGAUAGCGCAAGC